AUGGCGGACCGCUACUCGUUCUCUCUCACGACUUUCUCUCCCAGUGGAAAGCUGGUGCAGAUUGAAUAUGCCUUGAAUGCAGUUAACCAGGGAGUCACGGCCCUUGGCAUUAAAGCCACCAAUGGCAUCGUGCUCGCGACGGAAAAGAAGUCCUCCUCGCCGUUGAUUGAUCCUCCCUCGCUGUCAAAGAUCUCUCUGAUCACGCCCGACAUCGGCAUGGUCUACGCCGGCAUGGGCCCUGACUACCGGGUGCUGGUCGACAAGGCCCGCAAGGUGUCCCAUACGGGCUACAAGCGCAUCUACAACGAAUACCCUCCUACCCGGAUACUGGUGCAGGACGUCGCCCGGGUGGUGCAAGAAGCCACACAGUCCGGUGGUGUGCGGCCGUACGGUGUGAGUCUGUUGGUUGCCGGCUGGGACGAGGGUGUGGAGCCAGAGACCGGCGAGGCCCACAAGGACGACGACCCGGAGAAGACCCCGGGCAAGACUGGUGGAAUCCGAAAGGGUGGCCCGAGUCUGUACCAGGUCGACCCCAGCGGCAGCUAUUACCCGUGGAAGGCGACGGCCAUCGGCAAGCACGCGACGAGCGCCAAAACAUUCCUGGAGAAGCGAUACACCGAGGGCAUGGAACUGGAAGAUGCCAUCCACAUUGCGCUGUUGACACUCAAGGAAACCAUUGAGGGUGAGAUGAAUGGCGACACAAUAGAGAUUGGGAUUGUGGGCCCGCCGGCGGACCACCUGCUGGGAUUUGAAGGAGUGGAGGGAGCCAAGGGACCGCGAUUCCGCAAGUUGACCAAGGGUCAGAUCGAGGACUACCUGACCAACCUAUGA